CGGGGGAUGCUGCCACUUGUACCGCUGUGCGGGCGGUCGCUGCUGCUGCUGCGUUGCGGCCCGGCGCGGAGGUUAAUUUCGAGUCGCAUGACCAUGACGGCCGCGGUGGCCGUGAGAUCCGUAGCUGCGGACGUAGUGAAGUCGGUGGAGGAUCGGAGGGAGUAUCGUGGCCUGGAGCUGAAUAAUGGCAUGCGUGUUCUCCUCGUACGGGACCCAAGCACAGACAAGGCCUCGGCUGCACUGGAUGUACACAUCGGUUUCUUAUCGGACCCCGACAACAUCCCUGGACUGGCUCAUUUCUGCGAGCACAUGCUUUUCCUGGGAACGAAGAAAUACCCCCAGGAGAAUGAGUACAGCCAGUUCCUGAACGAGCACGCGGGCAGCUCCAAUGCUUUCACCAGCGGCGAGCACACAAACUUCUACUUCGAUGUGUCGCACGAGCACCUGGGCGGCGCCCUCGACAGGUUUUCCCAGUUCUUCCUGUGCCCACUCUUCGAUGCAAGCUGCAAGGAUCGCGAGGUCAAUGCGGUGGACUCGGAGAACGAGAAGAAUCUCAUGAAUGACUCCUGGAGGCUCUUUCAGCUGGAGAAGUCGACUGGAAACCCGACUCACCCGUUCAGCAAGUUUGGCACAGGAAACAAGUACACGCUCUCGACCAGACCAUCGGAGCUCGGAUUAGAUGUCAGAGAUGAACUGUUAAAAUUUCAUUCCAGCUAUUACUCAUCCAACCUCAUGUCACUCUGCGUGCUUGGGAGAGAACCACUGGAUGAGAUGAUGGAGAUGGUUGUGAAGCUGUUUGCUCAGGUAGAGAAUAAGAACGUGCCCAUCCCGGAUUUUCCUGAUCACCCUUUUCAGGAGGAGCACCUCAAGCUUAUAUACAAGGUGGUGCCUGUCAAGGACAUCCGGAACCUCUAUGUAACGUUUCCUAUCCCGGACCUGCAGCCACAUUACAAGUCCAACCCUGGCCACUAUCUCGGCCACCUCAUUGGCCAUGAAGGGCCAGGGAGUUUGUUGUCCUUCCUGAAGACCAAAGGCUGGGUGAACAUGCUCGUCGGAGGACAAAAGGGUGGCGCUCGCGGGUUCAUGUUUUUCAUCAUCAACGUGGACCUCACAGAGGAAGGACUCGAGCACGUUGAUGAAAUAGUGCUGCACAUGUUUCAGUACAUCAACAUGCUGCGGAAGGAAGGACCAGUGCGGUGGAUUUUUGAGGAAUGCAAGGACCUCGGAACGAUGGCGUUCAGAUUUAAGGACAAAGAGCGGCCCCGCAACUACACGUCACACAUCACCGGCUUGCUACACUACUACCCAAUCCGGGAGGUGCUCGCUGCAGAGUACCUGCUGGAGGAGUUCCGGCCGGACCUUAUUGAAAUGCUGCUGGACAAGUUGCAACCGCACAACAGCAGGAUUGCUGUCGUAGCAAAGGCGUUUGAAGGGCACACUGACCAGGUGGAGCGGUGGUAUGAGACCCAGUACAAGCAGGAGAGCGUCUCGGAAGAAACCUUUACGAAGUGGCAGAAUGCUGGUCUCAAUGAGCACUUCACUCUUCCCAUGAAGAACGAAUUCAUCCCGACCAUCUUCGACAUCCUGCCUCUGAAGGAAGAGAUCACCCACCCCUACCCGCAGCUCAUUAAGGAUUCUGCCAUGAGCAAGCUGUGGUUCAAACAGGACGAUACCUUUCACUUGCCCAAGGCCUGCCUCAACUUUGAGUUCUUUAGCCCCUUUGCGUACGUGGACCCGCUGCACUGCGACAUGGCCUACCUGUACGUGGAGCUGCUCAAAGACUCUCUCAACGAGUACGCCUAUGCGGCCGAUCUCGCGGGCCUCAGCUACACCCUGCAGAAUACCGUCUACGGCAUCCACUUGUCAAUCAAAGGUUACCAAGACAAGCAGCCUCUGCUGCUCAGGAAGAUUAUCGAGAAGAUGGCAACAUUUGAAAUUGAUGAGAUGCGAUUUGAAAUCAUCAAGGAAGCGUACUUGCGGUCUCUGAGCAACUUCCGUGCCGAGCAGCCACACCAGCACGCCAUGUACUACCUGCGUCUUCUCAUGACAGAACUGGCCUGGACGAAGGAGGAGCUUCGUGAUGCACUCGAAGACGUCACCGUGUCCUGCCUACAGGCAUUCGUGCCGCAGCUGCUGUCCAGGUUGCACAUGGAGUGCCUCUUCCAUGGGAACGUGGACAAGGAGGGUGCCCUGGAGACGAUGGCCAUGGUGGAGGACACGCUGGUACGGCUGGCUCACAGCAAGCCACUGCUACCCAGCCAGCUCACACGCCACCGUGAGGUGCAGCUGCCCGACGGCCGUUGGUUCGUGUACCAGAGGCGUAACGAGGUGCACAACAACUGCGGGAUCGAGAUCUACUACCAGACGGACCUGCAGACAACGCACGACAACAUGCUGCUGGAGCUCUUCUGCCAGAUCGUGUCGGAGCCCUGCUUCAACACCCUGCGCACCAAGGAGCAACUGGGCUACAUCGUGUUCAGCGGGCCGCGACGGUCGAGCGGCGUGCAGGGCCUACGCUUCAUCAUCCAGUCGGAGAAGCAGCCGCACUACCUGGAGAGUCGCGUGGAGGCGUUCCUGCACGCCAUGGGGCGGCACGUGGCCGACAUGACGCCCGACGCGUUCGCCAAGCACGCGAGCGCCCUCGCCGUGCGUCGCCUCGACAAGCCCAAGAAGCUGAGCACCGAGUGCGGCAAGCACUGGGGAGAGAUCAUCUCGCAGCAGUACAACUUCGACCGAGACAACAUUGAAGUAGCUCAUUUGAAGACACUGACCAAGGAUGACGUCUUGAAGUUCUACCAGGAGCUCCUGUCAGUUGACGCUGCUCGACGCCACAAGAUCUCUGUCCACGUGCUGUCACGCGAGAUGGAAUCCUGUCCUGUCGUCGGAGAGUUCCCGUGCCAGAAUGAUGUGAGCCUCACGCCCGCACCACCUUUGCCCCAGCCGACAGUGAUCGAGGACACCAACGACUUCAAGCGAGGCCUCCCCCUCUUCCCACUCGUAAAGCCGCUCUACGGCAAGAUCACGGCCAAGCUGUGAGGAGCGCAGCAGAGGCUGCCACUGCAUGUGGCACCCAUGCAGGGCUCCGUCAAGAUGGUGCUCCCACCUGGAAAGUCUGGUGGCCGUUUCAGCCCCACGUCUGAAAGGCUUGGUGCAGGGGUUUUGAUUGCACCCCUGACAUGCAGCCGCCGACUGCUCCAAAUGGUGAUGCUUUGAAAUUGUGGUGGGAUCAGCAUUUAAAGUCAACACGUUCCAGGGUCACAAACAUGGUUUUUCAUAGGAUGUCAUUAACAGUUAUAUUGGAUAUCAGCACAAGCAGUUCCAGAAAAACAAAAUACUAAACUGCCCCCACCCAUUUAGAAAGAUUUCCUCCACGGUCAAAUAAGACAAUUGUUUCCCAUCAGCUUAAUGGUAAAAUGGGCAACUAGGAAUUGUAUUGAUGGUCUGCUUAUGAUGGCAGCAUGAAUUAGCAUGAAAUAGUAAAUGGCUAAAUGCACCUUGGAAUAGAAAGGCCCUCUACCAGUUGUGACGUAAACAUGAGCUGAACACAAGACCCUUUCCAUUUUUCCCUGUUACUGCAGUUUGACCUAAACAUUUGGCCAGAAGUUACACAGCACGACAUUGGUUUGGCAAUACUAGCACCUGCACUUGGGUCCAAAGCGUGUGUGGAUGCCAGGGCAUCUGCAACAUACAGACCCGUUUGAGGAAUACAGGUCUGCUGCCUGUAACCAAAAGCAGUGGCAGCAUGGUAGGAAUUAAAGCGAUGUCCACCACCAUGGCACGUCAGCUGGUCAGUUCGCACUGCUAAGUGAAUUACUCAGGUCAUUACUGAAGUAGCAACCUGUACUUAUUUCCCAGUACAUGUGUUUUCCUUUUGUUUGGCUAUGAAUGCAACUUACAUGUGUGUUAAGUUUUAAGUCUUAGUUAAAUAUGAAUGCAGUACUUAACAAAACCUUUUCUAUUCGUCCGUGGCGGUGAUGGCACCAUCGGAUGAGUUGGUUUCUAAAAAGCAAUACCAAUUAAACCUUUGCAAGUGGUACUGGUGAGGCUAAAACACUGUCCGCAACAUCUCCCUUUCGUGUGCAGAUGGCCUGUCUUCGUGCAACCCAUGUGGCCACAGUAAUAAUCAUGUGGCUCAGCCUGCUUAAUGGUUCUCUAGCACGUUGUCAUGCUGCGUAUUUUUUUUGCAAAUAGCUUAACAGACCAUUAGCGUGUGCGGGCAGUGUCCAUCAAAUUAUUUUGAAAAAAAUACCUUAUCAAGCAUAGACUUAUAUGUGCACAAAGCAUACUUUUCACAUGAUCAACGUAUCAAGCAGUCCAUACCAUUAAUCUGUACAUGAUCUGCAUGCAAAUACAGCUGUGGUGUUCAAAGAUUGCUACGCUCACCGGCCCUAGUGCCUAACCCUUCACAUUAACACUUGCCCGUAGCCUUUACAUUUAUCACAGAAGUGUGAAAUGUUCCAAACUGGAUGAGCAGUCAAAAUGCUGAAAAGAGUGAGAUGGUAAUCAAAAUGCCAACCUAAUAUUCAAUAAAUAUUAAAGGCCCAUUUAUAUGUAGAGUAAUACCAAUAAAUGAUAAUGGGGCUUGAGAGGGCUGAGAUAUUGCAAGGUAGAAAAGUCGGCACCUUUAACAUGUUAUUAAAACCAGUGACAAACCCUUGUUCAGUUUCACUUCUCAUGGUCCUUAAUCAGAAGUGAAAUAACUCAGAUUCAUAAAAAAUUGACAUCUUGCACAAGGCUGUCAAAACAUUAGUUUUGCAAAAUUUGUGUCUAUACAAGUCAGCCGUGUUAAGCUGUUAUACCUAUUAAUAAGUUUAAAAGGUAGGAAUUUAAUUUUUUAGAUAGCAAUAGUUUUUAAAUUUACAAGUAAUGCCCUCCCCCUUGCCGAGAUACCAAGAACUCACCCCAGGCAGGGGAUUGGGAAUCUGUGCAGGCUCUUAAAUCUGUCAAUGAAUAAAAAUUAUACAUAAUAUCAAACCAUCCUGCACAUGAACAAGGACGUAGUUAAAUAAGGAGCCUUUUUGCUUCACACACUUCAGCACUCCAUGUGCUAAUUAAGUCGGUCACCAUUCUUUACCCACCCCCCAGCAAAGCACCACAUUUCAACAAAUCAGAACACAGUUGGAUGUGCAUCGUCUCGCGUGCAUUUCCAGACAAGUUUUGAAAUGUAAUCGUCUUCUACCUGGUUUCACCUCUGCGUUGAUGUUCUAGGCUAAAUAAUUGCGUGUCCAUUCACUACAUUAACAAUCUUACUCAAAUAAGCACACUACUUAAUAUUCUAAUAUUUUGAGUUUCCUAAUAGUAAAGCAAUUUGGCCAUUUCAUGCCUUUAACAAUGCUCUUCAGGAACACACCACCAAUAACCACAACGUUUACCUAUUUCUGCUCAUGAAAGUAUUUGACUAAAUAUUAAGGACCAGGUACAAUGUCAAUUAAUAUGCAGUAUAAAAAAAAAUCUGCAAUGUGCAAUCAUUUAACUGAUAAAACUAAGAAUUCUGAGCAAGUGAACAAUGGAUGCAUGUUAAACUAUGGUCUGGUGAGUGGAAAUCAGUUGUGCCACUACCCAUGUGUCUUGUCUUCACUGGGUUUCCCAAAUUCCCCCAUUAAAACCAAAGCCCGAAGUCUUCAAACCAGAGUGCUGUGACCAACGUCAUGUGCACAGCCUCCUCUACAUCACUGCACACGUGGAGUACAGCUUGGCCCAGCCAAGUGCGCUCAGUUGAAGGCAUGGCCACUCACACCAUCUGGCCCUGCCAAUACCAAGCGAAGUCGGAGGGAGAUAAGAAUAAAACAAUUUAUUUGAAGUUGUUACACGAAAGAUUUUUUUUGAAAUGUUUAAAUAAAAAUCUAAUUUGUUAAUUUGUACAUCUUCAUAUUUAAAACUAUGAAAUGUGUAAUGCAAACUACAGCUACUGCAGUUGUAUUUAUUAUACAAAAACGACUAAUCUUUGGGAUGUAAUUUCUUAAAGUUGCAAAUUAGUUUUACCACAUGACAUCACCACGAUCUCAGGUGAAUGUACACUAUUAACCAGUUCUGUACCAUACAAAGUGUGAAUAAAUUACCACACACACA